AUGGCUGGAGGCAAGGGCAAAAGCAUUGGUGGGAAGGCCACUGGCGCGAAGGAUUCCACCUCAAAGAAUCAGAAGUCGCAUAGCGCAAAGGCUGGUCUGCAGUUCCCUUGCGGUCGAGUCAAGCGUUUCCUGAAGAACAACACCCAGAACAAGAUGCGCGUUGGUGCCAAAGCCGCCGUCUAUGUCACCGCCGUCCUCGAGUACUUGACCGCCGAAGUGCUGGAACUCGCUGGAAACGCCGCCAAGGAUCUCAAGGUCAAACGAAUCACUCCUCGACAUCUCCAGCUUGCUAUCCGUGGUGAUGAAGAAUUGGAUACCUUGAUUCGGGCGACGAUCGCAUUCGGUGGUGUGCUCCCUCACAUCAACAGAGCACUGCUGUUGAAGGUCGAACAGAAGAAGAAGAGCAAAGCCGAUGCAUGA